AUGUUCUUCAAACGUCGGUCCCGAGCCAAUUCUUACGUCGACAACAGUGAGAACCCGCGCUCGCAGUCAUUCGACGAUUACACAGAUAAGCGCCCCGAGUCGAGCCGUAAGGAGUCCCACCACAGCCAGCCCUUUUCCCCUACCGAGGAGCCGGACAUGUAUCCCCGCCAGCAGCAACCCCAAGAGCCGACGUACGCGCAGAGUGCUCCCCCAACCCACAACAACAUGCCCAUCCGCUCCCAGCAGGUGCCCCCGACCGGCAGCAGCGCCCCGAUGGGGCUCGGCAUGCCCGACCUCAUCACCGCUGCCUUCAACCAGGCCGUCCAGCCCUACACGGAGAAGAUUGAGCAGCUCGAGAGCCAGCUCGCCGACAUGCAGAACUGGGUCGACCAGCUCGAGCAGCAGCGCGCCGAGGUGCACAACUGGAUCGACAAGCGCGGACUGCGCCCAGAUGUUCCUGCCUCAAUUGCUAAGAUCAUGGACACGACCACCGCCGACGCUGCGCCCACACUCAACGCCCAGCUCGACCGCAAGAUCACCAUCGUCAACUUCGACCUGCACCGCCUGCAGGACGACCUCAACGACUCCAUCUCCUCGUCACACUUUGCCUCGGCCAUGCUGAAGUUCCUGCCCGACAUCCAGCGCCUGACACUCCUCCCGUCCGGCCCGCGCUACGCCUUCGACCUCAUCCUGAAGCUCGGCGGCAACCUCAACUCACACGGCGGCAUCGACAGUGCUGAUGCCGGCGACAUAGCAGCCCGCCGCGACUUCUACAACCGCCUCGACGAGACCAUGGUCGAUGUCGUCCAGCGCCGCUUCGGCGAGGGCGAGGGCUGGGACGUCAAGCGCGAGAUCAAGCGCAUCGAGAAGACAGCCAGCUACCUCAAGACCUACGGCGUCGAGCCAUACUUCCCCUCAACGCUUGAGAUGAUGAAGCGCGAGAUGGAGUUCCAACCGCACCCCAACGGCGGUGUUCCCAAUGGCGGAACAGGAACCCCACCGCGUCCGAGGGAGUCGAUCGAACAGAGGAUAGAUGCGAAGCUGGAGAAGCUGGCACAACUCCAACAAGCUAUCAAGAAGUGUCGAAGUGCGCAGGACAGCUUGGGCCAAUUGCAUUCGUUCGACGACAGGAAGCCCGGGCGCUCUUCGGGGCCUCCCCCGCCGCUCCCUCCACGUCCUCCGCCUCAGCCGCCUACUAGACCUGCGCCACCUCCACCCGGAUCUAUCUCGGAUCUCUGUCUUGGUGUUGGCGCCGCUCCGGCUGCUUGA